AGCUCCACUGAAGUCGUGGAAUUUCCAAACAGCCCCUCCAAGAAUUUACUUGGCCAUGCUCUCUUCAUUGCUUUGCCCCAUCCGGUGGUGGCCUAAUUAAGCAUAUAUAUAUUUACAACCCUUUUCAUAUUUAGCCUCCGAUUUGUACUUCAACGGUCGAAUUUUGCAAAUGGGUCAUGAAUGUUGUGGAUGAGGUAUCAUCAGCCUCCCACCAUAGCAAUUGCAGCCAGAGGUGCCUCUUGCCUUGAAAAAGUGGGAAAUGACAUAAGAAAUGUAUUAUAAACGCCCACUCUCUCUCUCUCUCUCUCUCUCUCUCUCUCUGUGGCAUACACUAGCACACACAGACACAACACAGACGCACACAGGUUCUUGCUACUGCGUAUAUGCUUUAUAGUCUCAGAAGGGAAUGGAAAAAAAGGCAGAUGAAAUCCAUUCUAGAAGCUGUGAAUGUUCGCCAACUCCAAGCACACCAAUGGGUACUCCUCUGAGAAAGGUGUUGGAUAGGAUAUCAGGUUUUGCCACUCCUUGGAAAAGGGAGGGCACAGCUCCACGCGGUCGAAGAAUCUUUCACAGGGAUGUUGAACGAGAAGAGUUCCAGUAUGCUAGUACUCAUUGUCUCUCCUCUUACUACAGUGUCUUUGUGGCCCGCCUUGCUAUCAUGGUCAUGCUAGCCAUUUUAAUUGGGCUGCUAACCAUAUUGACAUGGCAUUUUACAAAGAGCUACACAACAAGGUCACUGAAUGGAUUAGCAUAUGGCCUUCGUAAUGAACUUCUACAGCGACCGAUUGUACGGAUGUGGAACAUCUUAAAUUCAACUUCUGAGAUAACAACAGCCCAGCUUAAGCUGUCAGAGUAUGUGUUCAGACGGUACAACAAGCCUGAUACUCAAGCAGAACAAGUUGAGCUGUAUCAAGCAAUGAGGGAUGUAACAUGGGCCCUAUUUGCGAGUCGAAAAGCUCUCAAUGCAAUAACUAUCAAUUACAGAAAUGGUUUUGUCCAAGCAUUCCAUAGAGAUCACCGGAGUAACAAUACAUUCUACAUCUACUCUGAUAUUGUAAACUAUUCAAUCAGUGCAAGUGGGUCUUAUGAUAUCAAGAUGCUGUCAACACAUCAAGGUUGGAAUGAUCAAUCCAUACAUGGUAACGUUUCUGCAAUUUGGUAUCAGGAACCCCUUGAUCCCCUCACAGGUGAGAAGACAGGAAAAGCAAAGCCAAUCCCACCAGAUGAUCUAAUCAAUAUUGCAGGCCUUUCACAAGUACCUGAUGGUGUAGCCUCGUGGCAUGUGGCAGUGAGCAAAUACUCAGAUUCACCCUUGCUUUCAGCAGCACUGCCUGUCUGGGACCCUUCAAAUGAAAGUAUAGUAGCUGUUGUGGGUGUUACUACAGCACUUUAUAGUGUAGGCCAGCUUAUGAAGGAGCUUGUUGAAGUCCAUAGUGGGCAUAUAUACUUGACAUCCCAAGAGGGUUAUUUACUUGCUACUUCCACAAAUGCUUCACUUGUGACAAAUUCAACAAAGGGAACCAACCUUAUGAUGGCUGUUGAUUCCGAUGAUCAUAUAAUACAAAUGGGAGCUCGGUGGUUGCAGAGAGCUUAUGGCAACAACUUUUCUCAAAGUCAUGAGAUUCAUGCAGAGAAUUUCAAGUUUGGCCACGAGCAGUAUUACAUAGACUCAUUUUUCCUAAAACUAAAGAGGCUUCCUUUGGUGGGGGUCAUCAUCAUUCCAAGAAAAAAUAUAAUGGGGAAGGUAGAUGAGAGAGCUUUCAAAACACUGGUUAUAUUGAUAUCUGCAUCUUUAUGUAUCCUAUUCAUUGGAUGUAUCUGCAUUUUCAUACUGACAAAUGGGGUGUCUAAGGAAAUGAAACUACGAGCAGAACUGAUAAGCCAUCUUGAUGCAAGAAGAAGGGCAGAGGCAUCUAGCAACUAUAAAAGCCAAUUUCUAGCAAACAUGAGUCAUGAACUGAGGACACCUAUGGCUGCAGUAAUUGGGCUGCUGGACAUUCUCAUAUGUGAUGAUUGCCUCACAAAUGAGCAAUAUGCGACUGUUACACAGAUUAGAAAAUGCUCAACAGCUCUACUCCGGCUUCUUAACAAUAUAUUGGAUUUGAGCAAGGUUGAAUCUGGAAAACUGGUGCUGGAAGAAGCUGAGUUUGACUUGGGGCGAGAACUCGAAGGACUUGUUGAUAUGUUCUCUGUGCAAUGCAUUAACCACAAUGUGGAAACUGUUUUAGAUCUCUCUGAUGAUAUGCCAAAAUUAGUUCGAGGAGACUCUGCCAGAGUUGUUCAAAUAUUUGCAAAUCUAAUCAGCAAUUCUCUCAAGUUUACAACAUCAGGUCAUGUCAUCCUCCGAGGAUGGUGUGAGAACUCAAAUAAUUCUUUCAUUGAUACUGGGAAGUUUGCUCUCGAUCAGAAGAAAUCAUGGACUACGCAUAAGGUAAAAUUGAAGCAACAGGGAAGCCAAAUGAAGAAGGCCUCCAAGAAAGAAAACAAAAUGGUUCUUCAGUUUGAAGUAGAUGACACUGGUUGUGGAAUUGAUCCAAGCAAGUGGGAGUCCGUUUUUGAAAGCUUUGAGCAAGCUGACCCCUCCACAACACGAACGCAUGGUGGCACUGGUCUUGGACUAUGCAUAGUACGGACCUUGGUUAACAAGAUGGGUGGAGAAAUCAAGGUUGUAAAGAAGGAUGGUCCAGGAACUCUAAUGCGACUGUACUUGCUUCUCAGUGCACCUGUAGAUGGCACAGAACAACAUUGUCAAGUAGAUUUUGCGAACCAUAGUUUAGUAGUUCUGCUUGCAUUACGUGGCAGCAUGGGUAGAUUGAUUAUGUCCCAGUGGUUAGAUAAAAUUGGAGUGUUCACCAUUAAAGCAUCUGAAUGGAAUGAACUGACACAGAUUCUUCGGGAACUCUUCAGUGCCAGAUGUUCAGUUCGUAAUAAUGGCUUUGAUGCACAGCGUUCACUGAGUGAACCUUUGAAGAAUAAAGUACUGAACAUACAAGAGAUGAGAAACCCGGUAUUCGUCAUAGUUGUUGAUAUAGGGCUACUAGACUUGAGCACAGAUAUAUGGAAGGAACAGCUUAACUUUCUUGACAGUUUCUUUGGGAAAGCAAAGUUUGCAUGGAUGCUUAAUCAUGAUACAUGCAAUGCCAUAAAGAUGGAGCUCCGCAGUAAAGGGAAUAUAUUGAUGGUGAAUUUGCCACUCUACAAGUCAAAGAUGAUUCACAUUCUGGAAGCUGUCAUAAAGGAGAAAAAUGUUGAACUGCAGAAAAAGAACUCAAAUGGUCUGAGAACUACCAAAGAAGGUGAUCUGCAUGAAUGCCUUGAGAUUGAUGCCACCCAGUUUGACAUUGCCAGCUCUGAUGAUUCUGAUAUGUCUGAAAUAGGUAGUUCUAAUUCUGUAGGUGUGUUUCAUACUGGGGAAAAACGAAGAGAGAGGACUAGAAAGCCUUGUUACCAGCAAAUUGACAACUGCUUAGUCGAACUCACUUGUGUACACUCAAAAGAAAAUAAUCUUACAGAAAAAAAUCCAUGUCAGGUUAGGCCCAACUCUCAUGAUGUUGAAGAUGAAGAAGCAUCCCUUUCUGCAGAACCUCAAGGUGAAAAUGCCGAAUGCCGGGAACGGCAUUUGGGUAGCAGACGGCCUACACUGCAAGGUAAUUUAUAUUCAAGUAAAGCUGUGAAUGAACAGAAAUCUCUUGAAGGCCUACGCAUACUGCUUGCAGAAGAUACCCCAGUGCUUCAGAGAGUUGCAACUAUAAUGCUGGAAAAAAUGGGGGCUACAGUUAUCGCUGUGGGAGAUGGUCUUCAGGCAGUAGAUGCUCUGAAUUGCAUGCUUAGUGCAGAAGAUUGUGGAAGAGGAUCUCUCUUUGAAGAUAGAAACACAAGAUCACAAACAGAAAUCAGGGGUUCCCCUCCAUAUGACUUGAUCCUAAUGGAUUGCCAAAUGCCAAAGAUGGAUGGUUAUGAAGCAACAAAAAUAAUCAGGAAAUCAGAAGCAGGAACCGCGUUGCACAUUCCCAUUGUUGCGCUGACAGCCCAUGCAAUGUCAUCCGAUGAAGCCAAAUGCUUGGAGGUGGGCAUGGAUGCUUAUCUAACAAAACCAAUUGACUACAAGCUGAUGGUCUCCACCAUUCUUUCACUCACUAAAACUGCGGCCUAACUUUCAUACAGCUAACAAACCAUUGGCUUUUGCAGCCUUGGGAUGUAAUUGGAUAGCAGUACACAGAAAAUGCAGUUUUAUACGUGCAUUUUAUAUAUAUAUAUAUAUAUAUAGAGAGAGAGAGAGAGAGAGAGAGAGAGAGAGAGAGAGAGAGAGAGGUUUUCCUAUGUGAUUCUAAGCAUAGACUCUCUACGAUCAAUGUUAUUUGGAGAAAAAAAAAUGUCAGAUAAUAUCUGUAUACACUACCUUCAGGUAAGCCUGAAAUGUAGGGAGUGUGAAUGCAUCGUAUAUGGAGCAGAAAAACAAGGUGGUUUUAUUUCUUAGAGUGGACACUGUUUUUCUAGGAAAUAUAUAUGGGCAUUGCUCUAAUUGAAUAUUUGAUGCUUGGUUAAUGUUACAAUAUUUUUCAUCUUUAA